AUGCCUCCAAGAAAAAGGACCAGAUCUAGUAAAACACCAACAGAUUCAGGUGAAGCUGUGGAUGGGGCUGAUGAAACUUCUGUAAAGGAUCUUGAGAAAACUGCAGGGAGCAGGAGGAAAGCUGCUGGUUCAGUUAAAAGUGUAAAUAAGGACACUGCAGACUACAGUCACUGGCUGAUGAAGUCCGAGCCUGAAAGUCGUAUUGAGAAUGGCAUUGAUGUAAAGUUUGGGAUUGAAGAUCUUAAAGCUUUGCCUGAUCAAACGGGCUGCUGGGAUGGAGUCCGCAAUUAUCAGGCUCGAAAUUUCAUGAGGGAAAUUAAAGAGGGACAGUUGGCUUUCUUUUAUCAUAGCAACUGUAAAGAGCCUGGCAUAGCUGGACUCAUGAAAAUUGUGAAGGAGGCAUAUGUGGACCAUACUCAGUUUGAUAAAAAGGACGUUCACUAUGAUGCAUCAAGCAAGCCUGAAAAUCCAAAGUGGAGCAUGGUGGACGUCCAAUAUCAAAGAAUGCUGAAGCGAUAUCUUUCCUUGUCUGAGCUUAAAAAGCAUUACCAUCAGCAUUGCACCAAUGGAGGACCUUUGAAAAACCUUGCUCUCUUUACACGAGCAAGACUGUCAGUUCAACCACUAACUAAAGAGGAAUUUGACUUUAUACUGACGCUCGAAGACAAGGAUUGUGGUUAA